AAAUACGCAGCACUAGCAUCAUGGGCUAUCGGCCGAUGUUCCCAUUUAUAAUUAAUAUCUACUAUUGCAAACUCAUGAACGACAAGUUAUACAUACUUACAUAGUAUGUAAACCUUCUUUCGUAAAUAGACUCAAAUCCGAACCUCAUCUAAGAUGUGUGUCUGUGCUUAAAUCUCAAAGAUUUGAUAUAUUUGUUUACUCAUUAAUACCAAUUACAAAGAAAAUUUAAAUGUCUCGCAUACGUACUCUUAUUGCUGACUGGAUGUGCAUACAUUCUUUUAUGUACAUAUGUAUCUACAUUCAUAUGAAUGUACAUAAGUAUAUCAUAUGUAUGUCAAAUGCACUCAUAUUAUUCUUUUGAUGGAAAUACAGUAUAAUAAAAAUUAAUCAAGGAAUUUGUAGAUACCAAAUACACUGGGAUAUUUAACAAAUUUAAUGUUGUUAUUAAUCAGGUUAAGUGGUGUUUUAAUGACUUCGUGCGCGUAUUAAAAUUUCCGUUCAAUUCUAGAUGUCAUAGUUAGAGUGACUUGUUUACUUAGUUUCGCUAAGAAGUGUAUUCGUUUGGCAAUCGCGAAUAAUAGAACCAAUUUUGAUACUUGAAAAUAAUUAUAUUUGUUAACUUAGGUAAAGAAAGACGAAAUAUUGCCCUAUUUUAUGUAUGUAUAGACAUACAUUUAUAUAAUAUAUAUUGCAGAACCGAUAGAAAGCAAGAAAUUCGAUAGAAAAUAUGGUUGCUUCUUUGGUAAUGUAUUUAGCAGCACUCAUUCCGCUGCAAAAUAACAGCCACAUUAUUAAUGAGCCAUAUUACCAAUUACCCCGUUUUUGGACAAACACAGGCUUUUGUCCAUCUGGAGAAAUCAAACGGGAGAGUUUGAAAUCUAGUCUAUUCUCUGAAUCGGUGCAAAUGAAUUUGAUGCACCUCGCAGCGCUACCAACUGGCGCAAUAACACAUAUACGCAUCCAUUGGCUUUUGGAACUUGUUAAAUUUGUACAAUAUACUCAGGCUGGAGUGCCUGUUUAUGACUUCUCCGAUCUAGAUGAAUUCAUAUUAAACUUAAAUGAUUUAGGACUUUAUCCAGUUAUUGAAUUUAUGACUGAUCUGGAUGGUAUUUUAGUAAGCAAUUCCGAUAUUAUGAAUGAUAUUUGGGAAGAUUUCAGCUAUCAAGUCACUAAGCGAUAUCUAAAUUUACUGGGUGCUAAGAAUCUUGUUAAGUGGCGGUUUGAGACCUGGAAUGAACCGGACAUACACAAUUAUAAUAUAUUAAAUUUUACAGUAGAAGGUUUUAUCGAAUACGCUAUGGCUUUACGGAAAGGUAUUAAAUCAGCUGGUCGUAUGUCUAUUAAGCCAUUAGAUUUAACUCUGCGGGGACCAGCAGGUUUAUUUAAAUCCAAAAAAAAUCAUCCGUUGUGCUGGUCGUUAAUUAAAAACUGCAACGACCAAAUAAAUGAUUGUCCAAUAAAUGUUCUUACAUAUCAUCGAAAAGGUCAAGGCCUUGCAACAGAGGUCUUAGAAGCAUCUAGCAAAUUAUUAAAGAAUAUUUAUGCAAACUAUGAUAAUAUUAAUAUGUUACCAGUAUCAAAUGAUGAAGCGGAUCCCAUUACUGGUUGGUCCACCCCCCAGGAUUUUUAUGAGGAUGUUCGUUAUGCGGCUAAACUCGUGUACAUUGUGUUUUUGCACUGGCAUGCUAAAUUAAAUUAUAGAGAAUUCAAAUAUCUUGAAACAAUCAGCCACGACAAUGCUUUUAUCAGUUAUCAUCCAUUUGAAUUCGGGCAACGAACUCUGUUAGCACAUUUUCGAAUGAACAACUCACAACCAGUGCAUUCCCAAUUUAUACAAAAACCCGUAUUUGCAGCUUUGGGUAUGCUUUCGAAACUAGCACCAGUUGCUGCCGAUAUUGAAGUAAUUACAUUGAGUAGUCCAAACGAUGUAUUAUGGCUUUUAAAAACACGUUCCACCGGCAAUAAACCCUUGUACGUAAGUUGGCUGCUUCUACCUCGAGAGAAUACAGAAAAACUGAACAAUUUCACACUUCAUCGUCAAUUACCUUUCAAGUUAUGCUCUGUAGAGACUUUCGCGUAUGUGGUAGAAUUACUAGAACAAGAAAAAACAGAUCCAGCAUAUAUUUGGCGAACUCAAGCUGGAUCAAGACCCUUUCCGGACGCAAUAGAGCGUGCAGCGAUGCGGCACGCUCAAACUCCUCGAUUACAAGCUUCUGGUUUGUUACUGAUGCCUGAAUUUAGUUUAAAUAUUAGUGGCCUACAGCUUCCAUGGAUAUUAUUACUUCGCGUUUGUUCUAAUUUGUCGCCCGUGCUGAAGCAACCCCAACCACCAACAAUUACAAAAAUAACAAUUGGCGAAAUAUUUAUUUCUUGGCGUGAAGCUGCUAACACCACUAAUUGCCUCAAAACCUAUGAAGUUUGGUUUCAAGUAAAUCAGACUGCAGAAUGGAGUUUUAUAAGUGAAAACUGGCAUUUGCCUUAUCCAUCAUUUCAAUAUGCUCCUAUUAACGCCUGUGUUAACGGAUUCUUUAAAAUCCGCGCCAUUGACUUCUUUAAUAGAAAAAGCAAUUUUUCCGAUACAAUCGAAUAUAUUGAAAUGAGUGUUUAGUUGUAAAUAUUACAUUUAGUAAAAACAAAUUGUAAGAAUUGUAAAAGAAAAUGA